AUGUGUGAUGAUAGUUUCAACAUUGCGACAGUGCCUCGUCAUGCUAAAUUUGGAGCACAGACUGGUAACGGUGAUGGCGAUGAUGAGAGUACGUUGGGCGACCGAUUCUUUGAUUUGUUGCCUUUGCAAGCAAAUUCCGUAGCAAAGGCAGAUUUGGGUAAUUGUAUGUCGUUGCGUGAUAGGUGUAAGCCCGUACCAUCCAAUAUUCAACAGCAUUUGGAGCAAAUACCUACAGUUGCAGUUACUGCUACAGCUACAAUAACAGAUACUACUAAAGUUACAACAGUAGGUACAAUUGACGGAUCAGCAGAAAAUAUUCACGGCGAUGCACCAUUUGAACUUAAUCGUCUGGCAAUGUUUCGUCCAUCAUCACGUACACGUUUGUCCGGGUGUCGGUCGAAUACAGUUCUACGGGAAGAAAAUACAGUACAUUUGCCGAUAUGCACUGUGGAAUUGAGUUGCCAUGAAAAUUUUGGCCUAAAUAGUUAUGUGGAUAAGGAAACAGUAAAUCACACUUCAAAAAUUCCUUCCAGUGGUUCAAAUCAGUUAACGAAAACAUUACGUUGCAACGUUUCUCGUCCAUCGUUUCCUACUCAAGUUAGCCAUGUACAGCCCGUUGAAAUGAAACAAAGGAUGGGAUCAGUGAUAUAUCAACCGAUAAUCAAAGUUCGAGCAAUAAGUGCUGAACCCAGAAUACAAAAACCCGCAAUGGGCUUCAUGCGUACAAAUAGUUCAUCGAUUAGGAGAACAACGGAAACGGCUGUUAGAACUCAAUCCCGUGGGCCUUUACGUGUUCGUUCUGCAAGUACUAAUGCUACUGCAACCAAUAAUAUUGGGGCAGAAGCUGAAAAUGCUGUAGGGAUAAAGAAAGUAACGAUGGGUUUUCGUCAGAAUAGAGCGAAUUUAACUAGCAGAACCGUUGUAAGUUCAGGAAAGAUGGCCUCUAAACCAGAAGCAACGAGAAAAUCACUAUAUGCGGGACCUGAAACCAGAGCACGAGCUAGAAUGAAGGAAAGCAAUGAAAACUCGGCAGUGAUGAGAAUCAAUCCAGCUGUAAGUACACCAAAACAGUCGGUGCACACAAAAUCAGUUCACUCUCGUCCAUUGUCACAAAUGAAUUCAAAUAUUACAAGAAAUGCUGUUGCGAAUAGUAUUGCAGUGUGUAACACUAAGAAAGUUGAAAUCGGUCACGUGUCACGUCCGCGUACUCGUGUAGCUCAUGAACCUAUUCGCGUCCGAAAUACUCCAGGAAUAGUCAAAAAUGGCGAUAGUCUUCCACCUGUCGAAAGUGAAAGUCGUUUUCGGCAGUCACUGACUCGACGUCCAAAAGGGGGUGAUUCGCUGGACCGAGAUGUAACUAAAGCAGAAGGUAAAGAAAAUGAUGAAAUUUGGACAGUUGUUGCGAAAAAACCAGAGUCCAUUCUUGAAUUUGCACCCUGUUUGCGAAGUCGUGUUGCAGCAAAAGUAAGGAAAGUGCAGUCUACUACACCUACCAUAUCUGGUACUCAUUUCACAAGGCCUACAAAAACAGGGCACUCGAAACACGGUGGAAGUGAUAUUCUUCCAGCUCCACGUCGACGAACUGAGGCGGAAAGAGAAGCAUUCUUCAGACGUCUAAGCACACCAAAGACAAUUACUACGAUCAAAAAAUGCACCAAAUGA